AUGAACUGGAACGUCUAUAUAUUGCAAAGGUCUUCCAGUAACCUCUGGCUCCUCCUUAGGAUUAUGAGGGAACAGCCGAGUGUGGUGCUGAGCGUGGCUCAUACGGUGGCAGCCCGCAUGUCUCCUUUUGUGCGUCAAAUGGACUUUGCUAUUGAUUGGAUGGCAGUAGAGGCUGGGCGAGCACUUUACAGGCAAGGUGACAAGUCUGACUGCACCUACAUAGUGCUGAAUGGGCGCUUGCGUUCCGUCAUCCAGAAGGCCAAUGGCAAGAAGGAACUGGUUGGGGAAUAUGGGCGUGGGGACCUCAUUGGAGUGGUGAGUUCUAAGUGCAUUCAGCCCGAAUAGGAGUUACAUACUUUGUAAUUUUAAGAGGAUUCAUGGACGUAGCGUCAGAUUCUUGAUCUAGACCAACUGUAGACCAGGUGGCCCUUGCUUAAUAACUACUUGCUACUUGAAUUUGCAAUGGCACUGAGUGAAUGGCAGCUACUAUAGGUUUUCAGCGUUCUGGCCAUGGUCACAUGAUUGCAGUCUGGGCAUUCAGCAACCAGCCUGGAUUUCCAAUCAUUGCAGUAUCCCACAGUCUCACGAUCAUGAUUUGUGACUUUCCCUGCCGGCUAAGUCAAUAGAGAAGCCAACAAGAAUUUGGAAGUUGCAAACACAUGAAACUUCCAGUGGAGGCAAUCCAAAUACCUCUCCACGAAAGUGGAGCCAACGAUUGUAGCAAAGAUCAAAAAACAAGUGAAUGGACGGUCUUUGGAACCUCUCUGAACAUGGGAGGACAGGAGAUCACCCACAUGUGCUCUGGAUGACUGUUCCUCACAAGGAGACUCUAAAACGGCAGUUUUCAUAAUUUUAAGCUUUGGGAGAGAAAGGGAUUAGCCAUCUGCUUUUAAAGGAUAC